AUGCCUGCCCUCUUCUGGGACAACCAUGCCGGCUCUUCCUCCCAACGCUACACCCCUGUCCAGGGGGAAUCGCACGAUCAGCAAUCCGACGAUGACUCGCUCCCUCUCUCCGAUCUCUCCGAUCCCUCGAACGAGGACGAAUCCUUCAUAAAACUACGUUCGCUCGACCGCUCGACCGGCUCCCCCCUUGCCGCGGAAGAUGCGACCGCCGACGUAGGAGCGCGCAACUCUGCCGACGUCGAGGCCUACCUAGAUACCAUCACCGAAGCGGAACAGGAAUUGCUAUCGGCCAGUCGACAGUACGGACUCUGGGAUGAUGACUCUGACACAGAUGCAUACGGGAAUCCGGUAAAACCGGGGGAGAAGUUCGGCAGGAGUUGCGGUCGGCAGCAACAAUGGUGGGCAGUUUACUAUUCCAGGUUCUGGUGGUGGACGCUGGCUGUCGUUGCCAUUGGGUUGGUAUUGCUGGUCUGGGGAUUUCUGAGCUUUUCCUGGUCCUGGCCUAAGGAGGAUGAUUCGAAUUCCCUACUUCCCGCCGAAUCCUGGUUUCCGACGCCGCGAGGGGGCAUCUUCGAGGAAUGGGCAGAGGAUUAUCGCAAAGCCCAGCUGUUGGUGGAGAGAAUGACUCUGAUGGAGAAGAUUAAUAUUACGACGGGAACGGGCUGGCAGAUGGGUCUCUGCGUAGGGAAUACGGGUCCAGCGAAUCUCGUGAAAUUCCCUUCGCUGUGUCUCCAGGACGGUCCGAUGGGCAUUCGAUAUGCAGACCAUGUCUCGGCCUUUCCGCCGGGUCUCACUACCGCAGCCACCUGGAAUCGAGAGUUAAUGCACGAGCGGGGCGUCGCGCUGGGGCUGGAGGCACGACUCAAAGGCGUCAAUGUUCUCCUGGGCCCAUCCAUGGGCCCGCUGGGCAUGAUGCCUGCCGGUGGCCGGAACUGGGAGUCUUUCGGCUCGGAUCCGGUGCUGCAGGGAGUGGCUGCUGCGGAGACUAUCCGUGGCAUCCAAAGCAACGGGGUCAUGGCGACGGCGAAACACUACGUUCUGAACGAGCAGGAGCAUUUCCGGCAGCCAUUUGAAUGGGGCAUCGCGAGCGCCUUGUCGUCGAACAUCGGCGAUCGCGCGCUGCACGAGGUGUUUGUAUGGCCGUUUGCCGAGAGCAUCCGCGCCGACGUAGCCAGCGUCAUGUGUGCAUACCAGAUGGUGAACAACAGCCACUCCUGCGAGAACAGUAAGCUGCUCAACGGCAUCCUCAAGGACGAGCUCGGGUUCCAAGGGUUCGUACAGUCCGACUGGCUGGCCCAGCGGUCGGGGAUCAACAGUGCCCUCAGCGGACUGGAUAUGAGUAUGCCAGGCGACGGCCUGCAUUGGAUGGACGGUAAAUCCCUGUGGGGAAGUGAGCUUACGCGGGCUGUGCUCAACACCUCGAUUCCGAUGGAACGGCUGAAUGACAUGGUCACCCGCAUUGUGGCCACCUGGUACCAUCUGGGACAAGACCGAUGGUCUCCACCGCGUCCAGACGGAGAUGGAGGUCCAAACUUCUCCUCCUGGACCGAUGACGUGGAGGGUUGGUUGCAACACGGCAGUCCACGGGAUUGGGACCGUGUGAAUUGGUACGUAGACGUGCAGGGCCAGGGCGACAAUGCGCACCGUAUCGUUGCUCGCAAGGUGGCCGCCGAAGGCACCGUGCUAGUGAAGAACGAGGACAACACUCUGCCGCUGUCGCGCAACCCUGCGGAUGGAUAUCGAGGAACCCUGGCGUCCGGCUGGGGCAGCGGCACGGUGGAGUUCCCGUACCUUGUGGCUCCUCAGCAGGCCAUCGAGGAGGCAUGGACGACGCCAGUGCAGACCACGUCCUACCUGCGUAACGCGGUGAUGCCGGCGGACGCGGCCGACAAAGAUCUGUGUCUGGUAUUUGUCAAUGCCAACUCGGGCGAAGGGUAUAUCUCCUCCGGAGGUAUCCACGGUGACCGGCCGAACCUGUUUGUGCAGAAAGGCGGCGACACGCUGAUCCAGACGGUGGCCAACAACUGCGGUAAUGGCCAGGGUCGCACAGUCGUCGUGUUGCACGCCGUGGGCCCGGUGGUGGCAGAGUCAUGGAUUGACCUGCCGGGGGUGCACGCUGUGCUCUUCGCCCAUUUGCCCGGACAGGAGAGCGGCAGUGCCCUGGUGGACGUGAUGUUUGGCGAUGUCGACGCCAGCGGCCGGCUCCCAUACACGGUUGGAAAGAGCCUGGAGGAUUAUGGACCGGGGGCCCAGGUGCUAUACGAGGCGAACGGGAAGACGCCGCAUGUAGACUUUUCCGACUCGCUGUACAUCGACCAUCGCCAUUUUGACCGGUACAAUAUUACGCCUCGCUUCGAGUUUGGAUUCGGUCUAUCAUAUACGACGUUUGAGAUGUCCGACCUGAACAUCGACGUGCUGCAGUCCAAGUCCCCACUGGCAUCCGCAUCGUCUGCGGAACGGCUGUCGCCCCCGGAAUACAACCCAGUACCACCGACCAACGAAAGCGUCGAGUUUCCUGAGAACAUAGUGACGUUGCCCCGGUUCAUCUAUCCGUAUCUGUCCAGCAUGGACCACACGAGGCCCGCCAACUACACUCACUACCCGAAUGGCUAUGGGCUAUCGUAUCCAUCAUCGCCAGCGGGAGGCGGGAUGGGCGGCAACCCGGCGUUAUACGAGGCGAUAGCGCAGAUCGAGGUGCAAGUGAAGAACACAGGAUCUCGGACAGGACAGACGGUGGUGCAAGUAUACGUGUCGUAUCCUGAGGGGGUGACGGAGGGUGACCUGGUGCCUGUCCAGCCGCGUGAGAUCCAGACAAAACAAAAGCAAGAGCGCAUCAACUUCCCAGAACGUGUGCUACGGAAUUUCACCAAGGUGGCGCUGGAACCGGGCGAGCAGCGCACGGUGCAGCUGAUGCUUGACGCGCAAGGAUCUCAGCUACUGGAGUACGCGACAGCAAAACUGGGUGAUGCCAGGUGGACUGCACGAGGUGUUGGUGGGGUUUAG